GCGGUGCAGAACUAUCACAAGCUCACUUUCGUUGGUCUCUUGGAGGAUCUUGAAGGAUCCCUACGUUUGCUUCGCACAGCACUGCGAUGGUCCCGGGCUCCGCAUUUCCAACAUCUGAAUGUGGGCGACACGCAGAAGAAGUUGCGCAGUGACGAGUUAGUCGAGAUUGAAAUGGCGCUCCGUGUGUUGACUCCCAUGGAUAUCUGGCUUUAUUCGUACGUGAGUGCCGACUUCCGAGCUCGCUUGGCAGCUUUGGAUGUGGGAGCAUUUUACUGUCGUGCAGGAAGCGACGUACCACAGGUUCGGAUUCCAGCGGACGAUGAUCUCGGAGGUUGCAUUGCCUCGCGCAGCGCCGUUAAAUGCGGCGCCGACUUUUUCGAGGGACAGCCCGAGAAAAAAUCAGACUGA